AUGCCUAAGAAUAAAGGAAAAGGAGGAAAAAAUCGUCGACGUGGAAAAAACGAGAAUGAGAACGACAAGCGUGAGCUGGUUUUUAAAGAAGAUGGUCAGGAGUAUGCCCAAGUAAUCAAAAUGCUAGGCAAUGGACGAGUGGAGGCCGUGUGUUUUGAUGGAACGAAGCGUUUGUGCCAUAUUCGCGGGAAACUACGGAAGAAGGUAUGGAUUAACCAAGGUGACAUCAUCCUGGUGGGUCUCCGCGAUUAUCAGGACGGCAAGGCGGAUGUUAUCAUGAAGUAUUUUCCCGAAGAGGCACGUCUGUUGAAGUCCUACGGUGAAAUUCCUGAGUCUACGAAAGUUAACGAGGCGACCUUCGUCGAUCAGGAUAUGGAGAAUGACGGUAUUGAGUUCGACGAUGCAGCUGGCGGAGGAAGUGCCAGUGAAAGCGACAGCGAGGAUAGUAAAAGCGAUGUUGAUGUGGACGACGUGUGA